AAGGAGACGACGGAGGCGCUUCAGCCAGGAAAUAAGUGCCGUGAGAAAGAAAUCGUCUUUCUCUCACUCACUCACACACACACACACACACACUACCACAGCCGCGCCCGGUUCACAUCCUACAGCACAGCGCUCUCCCUGCUUUCCUGCUAUAGCAUGGCCAGUUCGAGUAAAGCGACUUUAAUCUUGCUCGUCUACGGAAUCUUAAUGCACUACAGCGUCUUCUGCACACCUAUCGGACUAAGUUACCCUAAAAUUAGACUUGAAAACGACGCCUUCGAUGAGGAUGGGAAUUCAUUAUCCGACAUGGGUUUUGAUAGCGAUCAGAUUGCUAUACGAAGCCCACCAUCCUUAAACGACGACGCGUACACCCUCUACUACCCUCCAGAGAAGAGAACAGAAAGGCAUGCUGAGGAAGAAUUAGAUAGAGCCUUGAGGGAGAUCCUGGGUCAGUUAACAGCGAGACAUUAUCUGCAUUCUCUGAUGACAAUUCGUGCAGGUGAAGACAACAGCAUGGAGGAAGAGUCAGAGCCCUUAUCCAAAAGACAUUCAGAUGGGAUCUUCACCGACAGCUACAGUCGCUAUAGAAAGCAGAUGGCCGUGCAGAAAUACCUGGCAGCGGUUCUGGGAAGAAGGUACAGACAGAGAGUUAGGAACAAAGGACGCCGACUUGCCUAUUUGUAGCGUUGUUAUAGCGCCCAAACUGCCCUCCUGUGUAUAUACAUCCAGUCGUUAAAUCAAAGUCAUUCAGAUAUA